AUGCGAUGCUCUGCUACUGCUGUUCUAGCCUGGACGACUACAGCCCUCGCGGGAUUGCGUCGUAAUGCCGAGGACAAGCAGUACACUCUAGAGGCGACUAACAUAAAGGCAAAGGACCCAAGCCACCCGGUCUACAACUCCAUACCUGGCCGAUAUGUCAAUCGCAUUGGACACGCCCAGUACUCCAUUGACAAUGUGACUUACCACACCGAGAAGAAUGACGGGAGCAAUACUCUACACAGCGGGAACAACAACUGGUCUUGGCGCUUCUGGGACGUGACCGACGUCUCCGACGAGAGCAUCACCUUCUCGAUCCUGGACAAGUCCAACACCUCGCUCAACAUGAUCGGCGACGUCAAAGCAAGCGUGACCUACACCGUCAAACCUAAUAAGUUGGACAUAAAGAUGUCGGCCAAGUCGCUGACGGGUAAAACCCCCGUGAUGCUCACGCACCACACCUAUUUCAACCUCGACGCCUACAAGGACCCGGAAACGCCAUCGAUAUGGAACUACACCCUGUCCAUGCCGUACUCCAAGCGCUACCUCGAGAUCGACGGCGGAGCCCUGCCCACUGGGAAGAUUCUGACCGCAGCCCCUGGAUCCGUGAAUGAUUUCGCGUCCGCGAAAAAUAUCACGAUUGGACAUGCCGCCUCGGACGCCAGCUUCAAGAAUAACUGCGGCAGCGGCUGCAACGGGUACAAUGGCUACUGGCUGUUUGAGUCUGCGCCCAGAGGCGCCGCGGUUGUGACCCUCGCCUCAAAGUAUAGUGGUGUCAAGGCCGAGCUCCGCACGAACCAGCCCGGUGUUCAGCUAUACAGCUGCUGGUGGAGCGAUGGGACUGCGCCGUUGAAGAACAGCACCCAAGGACUUCCGGGAAGGUCAACAGUCACAAGUGGCAGCUGCCUCGCUGUUGAGGCACAGGACUACGUCGAUGGGAUAAAUCAGUAA